GUUGAACUGAGAUCCUGUGCAGGAAUCUCAGCGUCUGUGAGGCACAAGGGAAUGGUGGUUGAUGAUAAUGAUGAAUAUUUAUGCAGCUGUCUCUUACACAGUCACUGCACAGUACUUCCCACCGGGGUGGCUAUUGCCAUGGCGCGGUGGUCCAUGCCCUGCAGCAAUGUGGCGUUCGUCACAUUGACACAGCAAAGAGGUAUGGCUGUGAACACCUCCUCCAGAGGGCCAUCAGAGACAGUGGUGUGAAGAGAGAGGACCUCUGGAUAACCACCAAGCUGUGGCACAGUGAUUAUGGCUAUGACAACACAAAAAAGGCCUGCUUGGAGUCAUGUGAAAGACUCGGUGUGGAAUAUCUUGAUCUUUAUUUGAUUCACUGGCCUGAUGCACAGGUUCCAGGUAAAAGCAAUCGAGAGGUCCGAGCUGAAACCUGGAGAGCCAUGGAAGAGCUCUAUGAGAAAGGUUUAUGUAAAUCAAUUGGCGUAAGCAAUUUUCUUAUCAGCCAUCUUGAGCAACUAAAGGAGGACUGUGUGAUUACUCCACAUGUUAAUCAGGUUGAAUACCACCCUUUCCAAAGACCUCAGGAGCUGGUUGAUUAUUGUAGGAGCAGAAAUAUUGUUUUUGAAGGCUACUGUCCUUUAGCCAAAGGUGAAGCACUCACCCAUCCUACUGUCAUUCAGCUGGCAAAGAAGUAUGGCAGAACUCCAGCACAGAUUUGCAUACGCUGGAGCAUACAGAAUGGGAUUGUCACUAUUCCAAAGUCAACAAAGGCAGAACGGAUAGAGGAAAACUGCAAGGUGUUUGAUUUUACAAUAACAGAAGAUGAUGUUGAAAUUCUGAAUGGAAUGCAUGAUGGGAGACAUGUUUCCUGGGAUCCAAGUUUUAUUGUGUGAAUCAAGGUUUUUGAUUCUAAUCUGAGGAAAGAAGAAAUGAAAUUUUUGAACACUGAAUAACAACAGAAAAUUAAUUUAUCUAAUGGAUUCCCUGUGGAAAGAAUAAUUUAAAACCAGAUUGUUCUAAACUGGAAAAGCAAUGUAACUGGAACAUUGAUUAAUUUUAAACUGAACAAUAAAUCUGAAUUGUUCUCUUAGGUACUCAGUAUA